GUUCGUGGAGCGACAGGAAGCUCAGGCUUGGAACGGAAGUUUGACAGGUGCUAGCAUGCUACAAGCUAACAGCCGGCUGUAUUAUUCAACAACAAAAUGUGGUUUCAUGCCUGAAACUCUGAAAUAUUUAUAGUUUUCUUUUCCCGUCGCCUUUUUCAUGAUCGUUGCGGAUACUUAUUUCUAGCUGCCACGGGAAGAAAUGGCAGUGGAAAAAUUCGUUUCAAAGACACUGGAACUUCUCCAAGAAGAGAGGGAAGCUGAAAUAGAGGAAACCAGGGCAUGGAAGGAGAACAUCUCACUCAAGGAGCUUCAAAACAAAGGAGUGUGUCUACUAAAACUUCACGUUGCAAGUCAGUCCACAGGCCUGUACGGUCGAACCGUUCUCGUCCUUGAGCCAAGAAAGCAUCUUGGCCUCUCAUCUCUUCCGAGCAAUAGCUUUGGACCUGGGGAUAUUGUUGGUUUGUAUGACUCCAGUGGAAUCAAUGAGACGUCUCAGAUCAGCACAGGCAUUGUGACACGGGUCAGCCAGACCUCCAUAAGUGUGGCUUUUGAUGAUUCAAAGGAUGGGCUCAGUUUUGAUACUGAGGGUCCAUACAGUCUCUUAAAGUUGGCAAAUGAUGUAACUUAUAAACGAAUGAAAAGGGCUUUAAAUACGUUAAAUGGAUACAACAGUGGACCAUCUGCAAAUCUGAUCAAUGUUCUCUUUGGAGAAGCUAACCCUUCUUCUCAUUCCCAGCCACAUGAAGUUAAAUUCUUUAACUCAAACUUGGAUGAUUCCCAAAGAGAAGCAGUGACUUUUGCUUUAUCUCAGCGAGAACUGGCAGUGAUUCACGGACCUCCAGGAACUGGGAAAACCACUACAGUAGUGGAGGUCAUUCUGCAAGCUGUCAAACAAGGCCAAAAGGUUUUAUGCUGUGCCCCUUCGAAUGUGGCGGUGGACAAUUUAGUAGAGAGAUUAGCCCGGUGCAAGGCUAAAGUUCUGAGACUUGGUCACCCUGCCAGACUGCUGGAGUCUAUACAAAAGCAUUCGCUGGAUGCCCUCCUCGCCAAGAGUGACAACGCCAACAUUAUCGCUGAUAUACGCAAAGACAUUGACAAAGCUUUUAUGGGAAUGAAGAAGAAGAGUGAAAAAGGAGAGCGGGGCAGCCUCAGGAGAGAAAUAGGUGAACUGAGAAAGGAGCUGAAAACCAGGGAAGCCACGGCCAUGGUCCAGAUUCUGAAAAGCGCCGACGUUGUGUUAUCAACCAACACAGGUGCGUGUGGUGAUGGGCCACUAAAGUUCCUGCCGGCCGAUCAUUUUGACUGGGCAGUGAUCGACGAGUGCGCCCAGUCGCUGGAGAGCAGCUGCUGGAUUGCUCUGCUUCGAGCCCGCAAGUGCAUUCUGUCAGGAGACUACAAGCAGUUACCAGCUACCAUCAAAUCACACGGGGCAGCUGCAAAAGGCUUGUCCCUCAGUCUAAUGGAGCGACUCAUCCGGAUGUAUGGAGACUCAGUUGUGCGUAUGCUAACAGUCCAGUACCGCAUGAACGGUGCCAUCAUGGAAUGGGCCUCCAAAGAGAUGUACCAAGGAAGACUGACGGCACACAGCUCAGUGAAGGCACAUUUGUUAAAAGAUCUACCUGGAGUCACCUGUGUGGAAGAAACCAGCACACCUCUUUUUCUCAUUGACACUGCCAGCUGCGGUCUGACAGAAAUGGAGUUGGCAGAUGAGCAAUCCAAAGGCAACCAAGGUGAGGUUGACAUCGUAGCGCUGCACAUUAAAGCGUUGACUGAAGCUGGGGUGAAUGCCAAAGACAUCGCCGUAAUUGCGCCGUACAAUUUACAAGUUGACCUUCUGCGUCAGAAACUUUCUGCAAGGCAUCCAGAGCUGGAAAUUAAGUCAGUGGAUGGUUUUCAAGGCAGAGAGAAAGAAGCUGUGGUUUUGUCUUUAGUCCGAUCCAAUCGAAAAGGUGAAGUCGGAUUUCUGGCGGAGGACAGAAGGAUAAACGUGGCCGUCACACGUGCGAGACGUCACGUGGCCAUCGUGUGUGACACCCAGACAGUUGAGAACCACGCUUUCCUCAAGACGCUGGUCCAUCACGUCACAGAGUACGGCGAGGUCCGAACAGCAUUUGAAUACCUGCAAGACAUUGUCCCGCAGAAUUACAUCCGUGACCACAAAGACGCAAAGUCUGACACUUCGACGACACAGAAGGCCGAGGGAAAGAAAGCCAAAGCGGUUCCGAAGAAAUCAAAUGGAAGUAAUACAAACGCAACAAAACGCAACAAUCCCAUCAAGCCGUGCACACCAACACCCGCUGAGGAGGAACAGAAGAAAAAACGACAAGGUGAAAUUCGAGAAAUGGUGGAGAACUUUCUGAAGAACCUCAGUAAGAGUGAACUCGAGUUCCCGCCGUUGUUCAACUCUCACGACCGACUGCUGGUACACCAGAUUGCCGAAGAGCUGGGCCUCACACACCAGAGUAAAGGCGAGGGCAAAGAAAGGUGUAUCACCAUCUCCAGGCCAACAGCACCAAAGGAGGAGGAAAAAGAAGAGAGUGAGGCAACAGUCGCUUCCCAAGAGCAGGCCGCUCCUCAACACCCCCCGAAGGAAUCAACACGUGAAUCUGCGUUGGAUUUAAAAAGAUUACAUAUUGAGCGAAUGAAGAGGGAACAGCAGAAAAGGGAAGAAAAUGCACAACAAAAGAAGCAGCAGAAAAUCUCGGUUGCUACAAAGAAGUCCGCCCCUGCUAAAGGAAAGAAGCCGACCAAAGCCGGCGCCUGUGAAAUAGCGGCGGCCGCUUCACCGGAGGAUGACUUUGACGCCCUCAUCCGCGCCGUGGUGAAGGCAGACAGCGUGUGCAGUUUUGUCAAGUGUAAAGCCUCAGUGCUAACUCUUGGACAGCUUUGCCUUUUCUGCAACAGGCAAUAUUGCCUCAGUCACCACAUACCAGAGGUGCACGGCUGUGGCGAUAAAGCCAAGACUCACGCUCGAAUCAGGAUUAGCAAGGAGGGUGUUCUGUACGCCGGCAGCGGAACAAAAGACAAAUCCAUGGACCCCACUAAGAAAGCGCAUCUACACAGGAAACUGGACUCGAAACUCAAAGAUAUGGCAACACAGAGGAAAACAAAAAACAAAGAGAAGGAUGGUUGAUGAUUGUGGAAUAAAGCUGUGCCAGGCCUGCCGAAAAAUGG